ACAUGGUUCCGAGUAGCAGGAGGUCUGCCCCGCUGCGACGUCAACGCAGCCGGCUAAGCUCCCCUGACUUGUAUACCUUGGCCCGGCCCCGGCUGAGUCCUCCGAGGGCCCGGGUCGGGCGUUUUGGUGGGUACUUGUGCAGCCGCCAUGGACAACUCCGGGAAGGAAGCAGAGGCGAUGGCGCUGCUGGCCGAGGCCGAGCGCAAAGUGAAGAACUCUCAAUCCUUCUUCUCGGGCCUCUUUGGAGGCUCAUCCAAAAUAGAGGAAGCCUGCGAAAUCUACGCCAGAGCAGCAAACAUGUUCAAAAUGGCCAAAAACUGGAGCGCUGCCGGAAAUGCUUUCUGCCAGGCGGCCCAGCUGCACCUGCAGCUUCAGAGCAAGCACGAUGCAGCCACCUGCUUUGUGGACGCCGGCAACGCAUUCAAGAAAGCCGACCCCCAAGAGGCCAUAAACUGUCUGAUGAGAGCGAUCGAGAUAUACACAGACAUGGGCCGGUUCACCAUCGCGGCCAAGCACCACAUCUCCAUCGCGGAGAUCUACGAGACGGAGCUGGUGGACAUCGAGAAGGCCAUCGCCCACUACGAGCAGUCCGCAGACUACUACAAGGGCGAAGAGUCCAACAGCUCGGCCAACAAGUGUCUGCUGAAGGUAGCCGGCUACGCCGCGCAGCUGGAGCAGUAUCAGAAGGCCAUUGACAUCUACGAGCAGGUGGGGACCAACGCGAUGGACAGCCCCCUCCUCAAGUAUAGCGCCAAGGACUACUUCUUCAAAGCGGCCCUCUGCCACUUCUGCAUCGACAUGCUCAACGCCAAGCUUGCUGUCCAGAAGUACGAGGAACUGUUCCCCGCUUUCUCUGACUCCCGGGAGUACAAGCUGAUGAAAAAAUUGCUUGAAGCCCACGAAGAGCAGAAUGUGGACAGCUACACCGAGGCGGUGAAGGAGUACGACUCCAUCUCCCGGCUGGACCAGUGGCUGACCACCAUGCUGCUGCGCAUCAAGAAGACCAUCCAGGGCGACGAAGAGGACCUCCGCUAAGCCCCACCCGCGCCAGGGCCCUCUUCCCGCCCUCUGCUCUCCCGGUAGCCCCUCCAGCGCGAGCCCCGAGAGAGGUGGCCCCAGACCUGGUCUGGGGCCUUCCCUCCCUCCCCCCAGGCGUCUCACAGGCCACGAUGUAGGCUCCGCACCGGCCUGCUGGCUGGGGACAGCCACCCUCUGUUCUCGCUGCACCCCUUCCCCUGCCCAUUUAUUUAAGCCCCAAAGGUACCCCUUUCCACCCCAAAAUACAAAAUCUGUGAUGUAGACCUAUUUGCCGUGGGUGCUGCCCCAGUGGGAGGCAGGGGACAGUGCGGUCAGCAUCUGACCCCCUACCUCCUGACCAGCUGAGGCGUGAGAUUGGUUUCUGUCUCCCCACUUCUGUUCCCCCAGUGGAGCUCAGAGCACAUGGAGCUGCUGAGGGGCGCUCUCGCCGCUAGGGGUGGGCUCCUCCCCCAGCGCCAGGAGCUACCCAGCCUCCUGCAGCCCCUACCUCCCCAAAGAGACCCCAGGCCCUGGAGCUCGGGGGGCCGUCCCACACCCACCCCACAUCUGCUCCUAUCCCAGUGCUUUGAGGUUUCGUCGGUCGGAAGCUGCAGCUGGCCCCAAAAAGAAAAUAAAACAACAACACUUUUGCAUGA